AUGUCUGUUUCCUUCGACACCACUGACGUUGCCCCCGCCCCGGUCCCUGUUGUACAGGAUGGCCCAUGUCUCGGCUCCAAGUCCAGAAUGCCCGAGUUCAGCCUGGCUGGAAAGGUUGUCUUGGUCUCCGGGGCUGCGCGUGGCCUUGGUUUGACCCAAGCUGAAGCCCUUCUGGAAGCGGGUGCCAAAGUCUACGCUCUUGACCGUCUGGAUGAGCCUUCCCCCGAAUUCGCCGUUAUCCAGGAGCGCGCUCUGCAAGAGCUGGGUACUGAGCUUCACUACCGUCGCAUCGAUGUCCGCGACACAGAGCUGCUGAACACCGUGAUUGAAACCAUUGCCAACACUGAAGGCCGAAUGGACGGUCUGGUGGCGGCGGCCGGAAUCCAACAAGAGACCCCCGCGCUGGAGUACACAGCCAAGGAUUCCAACACCAUGUUUGAGGUGAACGUCACGGGAGUGUUCAUGACCGCUCAGGCAGUCGCCAAGCAAAUGAUUCGCUUCGGAAAUGGAGGCAGCAUCGCCCUAAUUGCGAGCAUGAGUGGCACCAUUGCCAAUCGGGGUCUCAUCUGCCCCGCUUACAAUGCCAGUAAGGCUGCCGUGAUCCAACUUGGCCGUAACCUCGCCUCUGAAUGGGGUCAAUACAAUAUCCGCGUCAACACUAUCUCCCCUGGAUACAUUGUCACCGCCAUGGUCGAGAAGUUGUUCGAGCAGUUCCCCCAGCGCCGCGACGAGUGGCCCAAGCAGAACAUGCUCGGCCGACUGUCCGCUCCUAACGAGUACCGCGGUGCAGCAGUCUUCCUCCUCAGCGACGCCAGCAGCUUCAUGACUGGUAGCGACCUUCGCAUUGACGGUGGUCACGCCGCAUGGUGA